CGUGUCAAAAUGGCCGAUCUAAACAAGGAAUUAAACGAAUAUCUCCUUAGCAAUAAAAAUGAAAAACAAUAUAAAAUUACACUGCCUACGGUAGGAAUACCUAAACCAAAUAUAGGAAAAUGGCUUGGAAGAAGUUCAGAAGAAAACAGAGAUGAGUCGACAUGGCUCAAUGAAACAAAACGAGAUUGUUGUCCUAGUAUGACGAGAAUGCAAAGACUGACUGCAUUUGGAGUAUGUUUUUUUAUGGGUAUUUUAUGUUUCUGUUUAUCUGCAAUUUAUAUACCUGUGCUAUUACUGAAAGCUAGGAAAUUUGCUCUACUAUACACAUUAGGAAGUACAUUUUUUUUAAUAAGUUUUGGUUUUUUGUGGGGUCCAAUGAAUUAUAUAAAAUCAUUAUUCUCAGCAGAAAGAAGAUAUUUUUCGAUUAUUUAUAUAAUUUCUUUAACAGGAACAUUAUACUUUGCACUCCAUUUACAAUCGACGUCACUAACUGUUUUGUGUGCUGUACUCCAAUUGAUAGCAAUGUUGACAUUUCUAAUUAGUCACAUACCAGGUGGCACAACAGGACUAAUGUUCUUUUCAAGAAUGUUUAAAUCUUCAGUUAGUUCGACAUUACCUAUUUGAUAUUAUAUUGUUACUCCAGAAAUAUUUAUAAGAAUUACAGUUCAAAGAGAUAUAAAUGUAAAAUAUUUUUGUAAAUAGUGUACAAUUUUUGUAUAAAAAUGCCAUUCUUUAUUUAUAGAAAGCUUGCA